AUGUCCGUUCGGUGGGAAUCACCGGCUAAACGCCGAUCCCGGGCCAGUGAGGAUGAGUGUGAGAUCGCGAUGUUGGCGGAUCCGUCGGCAACUUCCGGUGAUGGUGAUGGCGAUCAUUCGCGCUCGCGGAACGAUCAUGUAGGGCGGGAAGAUACAGGCCGUAAUACUUCCGGUGCAGGCAGCCGGUGCCCAGUGGCGAGGGUGGAUACCGAGCUGAGCGAGGAUGAGGAAGAGGAAUGUGCAACAAGCGGAACGGGAGAGGACACCGAAGAUAUCGUUGUGCUGGAUGAGGCGAGUGAGCGGCUGCUGGGAAAGUGGAAUGGUAAUCCAAAAGUGAAGAUGUUCAAAUCAAAAAGCGCCUCCCCGAGCGACCCACCACCAGCGGUCCCGCAGGAUAGCACCGCGAUGCACAUCACACUGAACCCGUCGUCCCGGGCGGCCAGCCCUUCGCCCUCCGCCAACCCGCACCACCAACCGAGCGGCCGGAGCAUCAACAACAACAACAGCAGCAGCGGUGCCAACAACAACAACACGGCCAGCAACAAACCCACCGCCAAGGGCGACGGGACGAAACGACCGAAGGGCUCGGACGAGGAGUGUGACGUCAUCGGCGAGCUGAUCGGGGACUACGGCAAGUGGCAGUUUGUGAUGACGUUUCUGUUGUCCCUGUUCCAGGUGCCGAACACGUUCCACAUCUACUCGCCAACGUUUCAGGCGGCAGAUAAAAGCUUCUGGUGCCGGCGGCCAGCCCACCUGGCGGACGUUUCCAUCGACCGGUGGCGGAACGUGUCCGGGUCGGAGGAAAAUUGCCGGAUGCUGAGCUACGACUGGAACGCGCUAACGAGCGCCCAACUGUCGCUGAGCAACUUUUCGCUACCGCCCAACAUCACCGAGACGCUGGCGUGCAGUGCCUGGGAGUUUGACACGCAGGACAAUCUCGGCAAUACGUGGUCGUCCGAGUGGAACCUGGUGUGCGAUAAGGAGCACCUGAAGAACGUGGCCGAGAUGUUCUUUUUGGUUGGCGUCGCGACCGGUGGCAUUAUGUCCGGUGUUUUGUCGGACAUGUUUGGCCGCAAAAUGAUGCUCUUCAUCUCUGCCGUCCUGCAGUCGAUUUUUGGACUGGCGCUUUACUUUGCGGACUCGUUCGAGUUCUAUCUCGUGCUAAGGGCUCUUCUAGGUAUCGUUUCGGUGUCAGUGACGUACGCUGGGUUGAUCCUUGCGAUCGAGUACGUCGACGGAAAGUGGCGCACGAUCGCGGGCAUGUACAACCUGUUCCCGCUGCCAGUUUCAUACAUUAUGAUCUCCGGAAUCGCCUAUCUCACGCAGGACUACCGGAAUCUGCAGCUGUGCAUCGGUUUGCCGGGUGUGUUCCUGUGCUUCCUGUGGUUCGUUCUGCCGGAAUCACCCCGCUGGCUGCUGUGCAAGGGACGGAUCGCUGAGGUGAAGGAAGUGAUUCGUAAGGCGGCAGCAUUCAACAACCGCCCGCUACCUGACAACCUGGACAAGCUGCUGAAACCGCCGAUGGACGAGGAGCAAACGGCCGCCGGUGUUUGCGAGCUGUUCCGUUCGAAGUAUCUGCGUAUGGUGACGUUUUGCUUCCUGUGCAUCUGGUUUACGAUGAAUCUCGUCUACUAUGGGCUGGUGCUGAACAUGAACAGCUUCGGGGGCAACAUCUAUCUCAACUCGGCACUCGCUGGUCUGGUGGAAAUUCCCGCCAUCGCGCUGGCCAUGUACAUCAUCAACCGAACCGGCAAAAAGUGGCUCUUCUGUGCGACGUUCUUUUUCGCCGCCCUUGCGUGUCUCUGCGCAGCCAUCGUCGAAGGCAAACCGGAGUUUCUGUCGAUGAAAAUCACGUUCGUCAUGAUAGGAAAGUUCACCAUCAGCGCGGGAAACACCAUCAUGCCGGUGUAUACGGCAGAACUCUACCCAACCGCCAUCCGGAACGUGGGUGUUGGUGCUUGCAAUCUGGCCGCCGGGUUUGCCCUCGUCCUUACGCCCUACCUAUCGAUGCUGACGAAAAUUGAGGUCCACCUGCUGAUGACGCUGCUGACGGCUUGGUGUAUUUUUGGCGCAAUUGUGAUCAUCUUCCUGCCGGAAGCCAUGCAACACCACGAGCACGAGGAGCACGACGAGGACAGAGAAAUCGAUACGCAAUUGACGGCUUAA